UGUUGAUUUUUGAGCAAAAGAGAAACCCUGAUUCAUCUUCACAUUGGGUCGCGAGCUCUGGUUCUGCUGUCAUACUUUCGCAAAUUCGAUUUGCAGGUAGCUGUGUCAUACACAGAUGGUUCUAUGCCUGUUGUUGAGAAUCACAUAUUAAGGUAGGCCAUCUUGGACAUGGGAAUCCAGAAACUUUUAUGGGAAGUGGCAAAGAAAUCAUUCGCUGGAGGUAUUAUAGGGCUUACCAUUUCAGAUAGAUGUUGUAGCGUUGUUCCGGUGAGAGGAGAUUCCAUGUCUCCUACAAUGAAUCCCCAGAAAAAUUCUUUUUUUGAUGAUUUUGUACUUGUGGACAAAUUUUGCCUCAAGGAUUAUAAGUUUGCGCGUGGUGAUGUUGUAGUGUUCAGCUCUCCAACAAAUUUUAGGGAUAGAUACAUAAAGAGGAUAGUUGGUAUGCCUGGCGAAUGGAUAAGUAGUUCUCGGGAUGUGGUCAGAGUCCCAGAAGGCCAUUGUUGGGUGGAAGGAGAUAACAAAUAUUCCAGCUUAGACUCAAGAACCUUUGGCCCUAUUCCUUUGGGUUUAAUUCGAGGACGGGUCACUCGUGUAGUGUGGCCUCCUCAAAGAGUAAGCAAGAUUGGUCGAUAAAGCUAAUUGAGAAGACGAAGAAGAAGGAGAGAAUGACAAGGUAUGUUUCUUCCUCUCCCAAAAGAAAACUCCCUUCUUCACUGUUGAGGAAUCUUCUUUACACCAAAGAAUGAUUAAACAAAAAGAUUGAAAGCUCGUUUUUUUCACCCUUUGUUUUUAAUACAAUGUAGGACUCCUUCACUGUUCACAAAUUUGUCUGGUGUCUAGUCAGAAUCCAAAAUUCGUCAAGUUUUUUAA